CGUAUUUUUUCGUUGACGUAUACAACUUUGCGGCACCUAAAGGUGUGCGACCUGUCGAAUUUUUUCCGUGCGUAGUCAAAUUAGAAUAAGUUAAUUUUUUUCGGCAAGGAAAAUUGUGCUAGUGUGGUGGGCUUGUCAGUUCAGCUCUAAAUGAGUUCAUCAAAAUGCAAAGGGUCUGAGGACAAGUUUCAAACAAGUGAUUUGAUUUUCUUUUUUAGAAAUCAAUCAACGCCUUUAGUUUCAUGCUGCUGUUCAUUGAUGUGAGUGUGUCUUCAGCGAGUCAUUGCUGUUCUCGGAGAGAUAUUUUUAUAACGAACUUGGACAACGGAGUGUUUUUGAUUUAAGACUGGAAAAACUUUUUCGCAAAAAGUAAGAAAGUAUGUUGGCUUUUCCGCGCAAAGUAGUUGGCUUUUACGAGCAAAAAGUAAGAAAACGUGUACUAGCUUUUCCGGGCAAAAUAGUCAUAUAACUUGGAGUCAGCAAAUCUGGGUACAGGAGGAUAUUUUGCAGAGGCCGCCGUGAGAAUGAAAUGAUCUGAUAUCCUGUUUACAAGGAUCACUACUUGAGCGAUUGCAGAGGCUAGUGCAUGUUGCUUGUUUUCAACAGGUAUAUGGCUCGAGACCAAUCGUGAUUGGUGCUCGUUGUUUUAAGUGGGGAGAAAAACUUCCAACUCCAGAGAAACAAAAAAAACAGAAGUAUGCAGCUUGUAACCUGGAACUUCGGAACGGUUGUUUGAAGAGCUGAACAGCUCAUUUAGUCAUUUUCUUCGUAGAUGAAAGAUCUCAGUUUCAAGUUUAAUGCCUUUAUUUAACAGGGCAAUUAGUUUUAUGAACGGAUACUUGAAUAGUUUUAUAGUUGUAUAGCAAUUAGUUUUAUUAGCGGAAAUUGUAUAAACCAAAUGUGUCAACCUUAUGGCGUUUUUGUUCGAACUCAGAGCAAAAUGAAACGGAUGAAUUGUUUGAGAGCUUCUAUCAAACGCCUGGCUUCCUUGAAGCUUGCCAUUGACCAACUGUUGGCUUGAAAUGUUUGAGCUAAAGCCUGUAUAUUGUAUCAAAUCACUGUUCAACCAAAACUAACAAUUUGAUCGAUCUGUCUUUACAUGUUUACUUUAACGACAAACUAAUAGUUUGAUUAGCAUAGUUUGCUCUGAGUUUGGUUCUGCAUAUGGUGUGUUAAAAACGAAUUCGAGUUUUAUGGCGGACUGACUUUAUCUGGUGAAAAGUAGAUCAAUUUUUCUUAAUCGUGCUUUACCACCAUAGUUUCAAUAAUUUUAUCGUUUUUUUGCCAAAAAUACGAGCCUUUUUAAAAUCAGCCAUGGUAUUUUUUAUCUUUUUCUAACUAGUUCAUUGAAAACUAUUGAUUUGUUUCAUCUCAAGUAACCUUUAUUUACGGCCGAAUCUUUCAUUGCAUUAGUUUAAUUUUCGGAUUUUUCUUUGCUAACCAUAUUUGAUCGAUGGAACUAAAGCAACAUCUUGCCAAAUUGAUUAUCCGAACUUGUUAACAUUACAGGAUUGUUUAUUUAACUAAUUCUCAAUAAUGUCUAAGAUUGAAUACUGAAAAUGGAGCCGACUUCAAUUUCAGAACGAUCUGCUGUCCUAUCUACCUCUUCUGUCGACGUGCCACACUAUGGCUCUUUGGAGGGCCAUGAUGGACCACGAAUAGCCGCCAACAGUGAGCCAGACUCUCCUUUGAUUGGAGGAAGACAACCUCCUCAUAAAGCAAAAAAUAUGAACACAGAGACGCGAAGUCCUCGUGGACUCUCGGCGAAUCGCCAUGCGCCUCUUCGCAGCCAGCAACUCACUAAGAGCCAAAUGUUUGCGGCAGCUUUCUUCCGCGUAGCCAUUCCUCUUGCCCUAAUAUGUUCGUUCACCCUACGUGUGAAUGCAUUCUCAGGGGUUUUCCUCAUUCUAUUUUUCAUACACCCUUUUGUAUCUUCCCCCGGAAAACCGAGCAGUCAAAUGCAGACGAAGUUGUUCCUAAGUGCUAUCAUAGUCAUAUCUACUCUAUUUCUCUUAGCCCAAGGCUCCUUUCUCGUAUCUCUUUAUACUGUCGACGAUCUACCGGGUGAAUUUACAUGUAACAGUACGAUGGGAGAGACUUAUAUAGAUAUCGGCCUUGGGGAUCUCUACGAAGCUUCAUGGUGGAUGUACUUCGUCUAUUUCGGACCUGAAGUUGUCCUGAUUCUGACGAGCGUUUGCUCGCUGCUAUCACACGUGGUGGCAUUGAAUUCUCUCAAACCGCCGAAAUCGACGCCAAGAACACCUCGACCUAGUAGAGACGAAAGGCAAAAUGCUUCCGAGACAAGUAACUUGAGUUCGCCUGCUAGCGAAAAGACACCAAGUGAUCGUUUCCAGAGAAGUUUUGCCUACGUAAUUGGGAUCCUGAACAUCCUAGCUCUCAUUGGUGCAGCCUGCUGUGUUCCUUCAUUGAUUUCCCUCGCUUACCUGCUAGUUUUUCUCACAAUCGGAACCGGCCAUAGCGUAUCAGCAUCGACCCUUCUUACUACAGGAAUCAAUAGUUUAAGUUACGUUUUGGUUUUGGUUUCGGCUCUGCAUUUUGUGACAAUUUACAUUUUCCAAUUUCAUUUCAUAGACGACAAAGUUGAUUAUGAUUCAACGUGGCUCCGACUGACUGGAAUAAAGCGGAUUCUAAACUCUUCCUGCGUAGAAGCGGCAGAAGAUAACAUGUCUAUGUACAUCCACGAUCUACCCACCGAGUAUUACGUCCAGCCAUUUGUAAUACUAGUUCUCUACUACUUGAUUGCGCACUAUACUGGUUUCUGGGCCCAGUUUACUCCGAGCGAUGACGCUUAUUACCGGGAUACGGAAUCAAAUCAAAAUGUGAGCUUUCAGAAUCGACAUAGUCGAAUUAGCAGGUCUUACAUGCCCCCAGUUCUACAGAAUUUCAUGUCCCCGACGUUAGAAAGCACCUCGGAGUACGUGAAAAAUUCGUUCCAGAAGUUCUGGUUCGUUCUCAAAAAGACGAUAAGUUCCCUGUCGUAUUUGGUAUCAGUGGCUGUUCAGAUCUUCUGGAGCGUGUGGUGUUUGGGACUCAUAGGUCUAGUGUUGCUUCUAGUUGCAAUUUAUUUGUGGGUGCGUUCUAACUCCCAGAUGCGCACACUAAAUGCUGCUCCGUUUCUUGUUGUUUUCUGCACUGUAUAUAUUUUGGUCCAGUAUAUCUUCAAUCUUGACUACAUAGACGGUGAAUUUGUCGACAAAACACAUACAAUCGAUUUCGGAACCUUCAAUUUGACAAUAUCUCUUGAAGAUAUAAGACUGACCAAAGAUUCCAUGCCGCACAUUUUAUACCUGGGAGUGCAGUGUAUUUUCCUGUGUGUUUUUUGGUUUUCGCUCAGAAGUUGUAUCCAACACUACAAAGAAAAGCGAGGAAGAAUCGACGAAACGCAUUUGGGCUCCACGAAUAGUGCAAAUGGCGAAAUACCUUUGGGCUCCAUAUCCGAUGAAACUGAGAGCCGAAGAGAAACAGCAGAUGAUUCAUCGACUCAAGCCAUUCUGCAGAGAGUGCGAGAAAUAGCCUCGGCUGUAUGGAUGUCCAUUUGCAUAGUAGUUCUGCUAUUUGUAAGCACUCAUGGAUUCCCGACUGCAUUCAAUAUAGUGUACAUGUUGUUUUUCAUAGUGUUCGCGAACUAUACAGUUUUCACAGUGGGAGCUGGAAUUACAGAAUUGCCAGAUUUUGAGAAAUUUCUCCGACUUAUUUUGUUAUUCACCAUGACUGCUUUGUGUGUGAUAUACAUAUAUCAAUUCUCUUUCUUCUUCGACCAGUUCGAUUUUUUCAAGGAACAGCGCGACGUGCUGUCUCAGUUCGGCCUGACUAACUCGGUUUCGGACACCCUGGAAAUUGUCUACCCGACAGCCGUUUUGCUGAUUGUUAUCAAAAUUCAGUUCGACUUUUUCGGCGAUUCCUUUAAAAGUUUCAUGCGUCAUUUCAAAACCAACUUCUCCGCAAUGGAAGACGAAAGCUUGCCGCCAGGAAGCGAAACAAGGGCAACUGAAAUGAGCAGAACCUCUGACGACCAUCCAAGCGAACUUCAUAACAAACAAAUGUUCCGCAAACGUGUCAAAGCCAUUGCCCAAUACAUCCGUGAAAGGUUAUGGGUGUGGCUAGUUGUUCAUACUGACAAACUGUUCCUCAUGUUACUUUUCGUGGCAAUAAUGCAGGAGAUUUCAGCAGUGAAUUUGGGUUUCAUGACGUUCUAUGUACUAAUGUGUACAAUGCCGCAAGGUGCUGGAGGAGCUUUGAAGAAAAUCUUAUUCGUGCUGACGUGCGGAGUCGUGAUAAUCAGAAUGGCGUACCAGAAUCAACUGAUUAAUGAAAAUGUAUAUUACGAUGUCAAAUGUGACAAUACUUCAAUUUCUAACCGAAGCUUCAUCGAUACAAAUUUGUUCGAAUGGAUAGGGUUGACUGUUUACGAUGACAAAAACGCGCCAGAGAAAAAGUCAGCCUUGACCUAUCUUUGGUUCUAUCUUCUACUCAUAAUUUGCGUGUUGCUCGAAAGUCUAAUGCACUGUAGAAUGAACGCGAAAAAGGCAAUUUUGGAAAGACGAGCACAGAACGAAAACACAGGGCAAGCCAGGAAAGCGAGCGAGAACUUAAAAAAGUUAAAAAUUAUGCUCCACUAUCGAAUUAUCUUCCCAGAAGUGAACCGAAAGAACGCCGAUGAUAGUUUGAUCUCGAUGCUCAAGUUCCUGACUAACUUCGUGUUUCAUAAGUUUGGAUUAGAAGUAACAGUUCUAACUGUUCUGCUAAAUUGCGGACUUCAUGCUGACUUUUACUCGAGCAUUUACUUGUUGAUUCUGGUUCCAAUGAUUCUAUCGUCCAGGAAAAAACUACUGACCAAGGCAAAUAUUUUGACCUUAGUUACGGCUUUUUUCUUGAUAAUAAAAUUCGUGUUUCUCUUAUGGUUGCCCCCGCUGGACGUUUUUUGUGGCUUCACGGAGCUGAACUGGCUUGAACACCCCAAAAGAUCGGUGGACACCUUGUCUCUCAAACGAUUUUUCUUCAUCCCAGAUUUUAAUGAUCCCAAGAGCUACUCAAUAUCGGCUGGACGACUCCUCGGUGAUUUUUUCCAGCUUUUGAUUUUGAAAUACCUGUUGACCAAUUUAAGAGAGGAGAAGAAUCAACAUGGAACUCGUGCGAUAAGCGAUACACUCGGAGUGCGCGACAUCAGCCCAAGGAUUGCUGACAUGGCAGGGAACAAUGACGAGUGUUUGUCCGAAGAACAUGACGAGAACUCAGCUUUAAUUCCAGCCGAAGACGGUCAGGGGAAACGAAUAAUUUACUCCAAAUCGAAUUUCAUCACCGACGAAAAAGAUACCCUGAAUGUAAUCAAGAAAGUAAUUUUCAGUCACGGAAUCUGGGCUACGUACGCUGUUGUGUGUUUAACUGGAAUGCAGGAUGUGGAUGUUUUCGGCUUCAUUUUCUUCGGCCUUGGGUUCUAUCUGCUGUGGGUGGGACAAGACAUUGCUCUGAGACCCAGAAAGAACGCUGUAUAUCGCAUGAAUGUAAUCCUGACCUACACAACGGUUACCUGCAUACUUCGAGUUCUUUUCCAGCUGGUGCCAUUUUACUGCUACACUGAGUUUUUCACCGAUGGAGGUCACGCUGACUUUUUGCGCUUUUUGAACAUGUUCGACAUUACAAUGCUGAACAAGUACUACGGCAUUCCUUCCAGUCUCGAUCAAACCAAACAGUGCCCAUAUACGCGACUUAAGUCUGAUUUGAUCGAAUGGGAAACAGUCUGUGUUCUUUUUCUCCUUCUUCAGCGCCGCAUAUUUGUGAGCCAUUACUACGAUUUUGUCAUGCAAGAUGCAAAAGAGUCACGGGCUUUAGCCGUUGAAGGUGGAAAACUGAUUCAGAAAAUGAAUGAUGACGAUUUAAAAGCAAGAACUGAAAUGAGAAACAAGAUCUCGAAACAGCUCCAAAACGCAGUUGAGCAAAUCAAAAAACGAUUCAAAGGGGAAGAGUGGGUAGAACCCAAAACGCACCUGGAGGCCAUUUUUAGCGGACAUAAGUUUUUUGCCGGUUCACCUGAAGACGAAUCUCUGAUAAACGCAUUGGAAGCCAGUGAAGAGUUGUCAUUGUUUCUAGCAGAACCAGUUACCCCCGAUGAUGAAAUAAUAGCACAACGUUGGAAACCAUUCACUGAUUUUAUAGAACAAAAGCUGAAAAUCAGCAAAGAUGACAAGAAAGAUGAAAGCACUGAAACGAUUGAUCAGAGGGAAAAGGAAAAUGACUCGCAAGCUAAAGAUUGCGACACGGAAGAAAUAGAUAAAAGUUAUGAAAAAGAACACAAUAAAACAGAUGAUGCUGAUUCAAAUGAUGUUUCUGAGACCAGAUCACAGGCACCGAUUCUGGUCUCAAAAAUGACAUACUACCUUCUUUACGGUGUGACUUUAGUUCUAAAAGAGCUAGGUUUUGUGAUGGACAGAGCCUCUAGUAGCUUCAGACAAGUUAACAAACAGCUGAUCCAAUUUAGGAAAACUAGACAGAGAACAGAAACUACCAAGUAUGGGCCUCUGAGAAUGCCGACGGUUAUCGACCGAAAACCAAUAACAUCCAAUGUUACCGAUGUAGCCAUUGAUAUUAUAACAGAAGACACUGAAUUGGGUGCAAACUCUCCUGAAGCUGUUGGUCAACUGACCCCGGGGUCAUCAGAUUCCCCCAGACCCAGAUCGUCAAGCGUUCGAGAUAUUUUGGAAAAUCCUGAGAAGCCUCCAACAGCAGGCGAGUUUAUGGUCCUGCUCCUCAAGAAGUUCUGGCUUUCGUUCUAUUAUUUCUUAGUAGCUCAAACUGACUAUCUGUGUUACUUCAUGAUUACUCUGAGUCUGUUACUCAACGGCUCCAUUGCCGAUGCUGUUCUAGCACUGCUAACGCUUCUUUGGGGAUUGUUGUCGAAACCUAGACCAAGUAAAACUUUUUGGAGCUUUUGUAUUACUUAUGUAGUCGGAUUGAUUCUGCUAAAAUAUUGUCUGAAAUUCAGAGUCCUAGAUUACAACAAUGAGACUUUAGUGCCUCCGCAGACGGUUCCUCCGGGUCUUGUGUUGUUCUUCGGAAUUAAGGACGAUGAUUCUCUGUUUAUAACACAACUGCUACUCCUGAUCUCCCUCUGUUUCCACAGAAAUGUUUUGGUUAAUUUUGGACUUUGGAUUGGUCCUCCGUCACCUGGCCGAAAACUAUCGCAUCGGAGCGAAGAGUCGGGCUUGGAACCAGUCGAGGAGUCGGACCCGAAAGACGAAACAGCACCGCUGACAAUUUUGAGGAAGCCCACCGCAUCUCAGGAGCCACAAGGAGUAGGAGAACCAGCGCAGUCUAUUGCUGCUGGAGGAAACGGAGAAGAGGAUGAACUCGUGAAUCAAGAAGGCAAUCAUAGUGGCGAGGAACUUAUCGCAUCCUUUUCUAAUGAGCCACCCCAAGAGCAAAUACUUCCUCCCGAUCUUGUAGAAAAUGAACUGGAGUCGUCAGGCUGGAAAGACUGGGCUGUCGACAAGGCCAUAGAGUACAAAAACGAAUUUAUGAGCUUCUUUUACAAUAUGAAAUCUGCUGACAACACAGCAGUAAAAGACGUGUACGCGCCCAUGUUUUUCUUCGAUGCCAUGGGAUAUGUUAUUGUUGUUUUUGGAUACCAUGGGUUCUCGGUAUCAAACGACGAUGCUGUGGAUUCAGGAGGAACUCUAGUUUCGAUCGUUUCUGAAAAUCAAGUUCCGGUUUUAUUCCUGGCGAUAGUAAUGAUUCUUUUUGUUUACCAACUAUUUGAUCGUUUAGCUUACCUGACUAAAAACGUCAAGUUGAAGAUAUUUAUAUUCACGUCACAAGUGCUGCUAGUUCAUUUUUGGCUGAUCAUCGUCAACAAAAAUGUAACUGGGAAGUACUUCUCGGAGAAUACGCCGGCGAAAGUGUUCUAUUUCUUCCGCUGGAUUUACUGGUUGCUCUCGGCGUACCAGAUCAAAUGCAGCUACCCAGUCAGAGUUUUAGGUAACUUUUUCUCGAAGAGAUAUAACAUGGUUUACAAAGUGUGCAUGCUGGUGUUUGUGAACAUCCCGUUCGCAUUUGAGAUCCGUGUCUUGAUGGAUUGGAUCUUCACAGGCACUACUCUUAGCUUCAAUCGUUGGCUGGAAGUCGAAGACGUUUUCACAACCACUUUUAUUUUAAACUGCACAAGAAUAGCAGAACAAAACAUGAAGCAAAAACGCGGCCAAACGCAGAAAGUGUUCCCUUCAAAAAUUGUUUAUUUCUCGGUCUUGAUAGUUCUUUUGGUCAUUAUUUGGGGACCAAUUUUGCUUUUUUCGUACCUGAACGCAACAAAAGUAUCGACUGAAAUUACGUACACCAAUUUUAAACUGCAAAUUGGAUCUUAUCUUCCGAUUUUUGAAGCGAGUCAAAUCGGAAUAACGAGUUUGACGAGCGAUGAGUUCGCCAAGUCUCUCAGCAAAGAUAUACUCGGCGAUGUGAGUCAUGAAGCUGAACUGAUGCUGAACUUUUACAACGCGGAUGGUUGUGACUUUUCGAAGGUCAAAUACAGCAGCGAGAGUGAAAACAUAUGGACGAUCACGCCACCUGCACAGAAAAAGUUGAUCGAUUACGUGAACAGUUCAGACGAGGUGUUGUUUUAUGUCGAAUACCAAUUUAGCAGAGUAUCAUUAAGCUCGUCAGCGUCAAAUUUUCCGACUACGUCGCAAGGAUCAACGACGAUACAGUUAGACGAACAGGCAAAAGAAGGUUUGGCGAACCUAAUCCAAAAUGGCUCGUCUCCUACAGAAUACGUGGACAUCAUUGCGGCUAUUCCUUCUGUGUAUUAUAUUCAAGAUACAGCAACAGUCGACAAUGAGACAGUUUCAGUGGACAGAAGCCACGAAUGGUACACGAUUCGACUAAAGUUAAAUGGCACGGCGAACGACCCGGGCUCGUAUACUGGACUUACAUGGUGGCUGGUAGAUACAACUCGAAUGCCAGACGGAGACGCAAGCAAUUUCGCUGACUCGUUCAACAUUUAUAUCGUCAUGGAUAAAGUAGUCCCAGAUAUGUAUAGCUCAGUGGCAAGCUACGGAAUCUUGGGCCUAUACACUGCCUUUGUUCUGUUGAUUUCGAAUGUAGUUAAGGGCAUGUUUACUGGGUUUGCGGCCAAAAUCAUGUGGGAUGAAAUUCCAGAUGUAUCAUUGCUGCAAAACUUGACAAAAGAGAUCUACCUCUGCAGAGAGACGAAAAAUUUUGAACUGGAGGAGGACUUGUACGCACAGUUGCAGUAUCUCUACAGAUCACCUGAUGCCAUGAUUAGAAACACAAAAUAUAAGAUAGAAUGAACUUAAAUUGAUAUUUUCUGUUUUUUUUAAUGUGAUAUGUUACAAUAGUCUAAAUUAACUCCAAUAUCUAAUUUUCAAGUGCCCCUGUUACUAAAUAAAAGUAUACAUUA